AUGGCACCUACGGCGGUAGUCUCGGGCGCAAACAGCGGCAUCGCGAACGCCUUCGUGACGGUACUUUUGCAGGAGGGCUACAAUGUCUUCGCGGUAGACCGAAAUCAGGGAGAUGCGUUGCAUUCGCUUGAGAAGGCAGGCGCACACACCUCCGUCCUCGAUGUGACUUCACAGGAGUCCAUCACCGCCUUCAAGACUUCCCAACUCAAGGACGAGCCACUUGACUUACUCUUGAACAUUGCCGGCGUGGCUUCCGGAAGUGAGGUCGACUCACUCGAGAAGAGCACCCUCGACAUCUUCGAAAAGACCUUCGCGGUCAACACCUAUGGUCCCUUCUUCCUCACCCAGGCGCUGCUGCCGAAUCUACAAGCUGCUUCCAAAGCCAAGAUCGGCAUUGUAUCGUCGAGAGUUGGCUCAAUUGGCGACAACAGCAGUGGCGGGCAUUACGCCUAUCGAUCUUCGAAGGCAGCCGUCAACAGCAUCGGCAAGUCUCUCGCCAUGAAUCUGAAAGACCAGGGCAUUACAGUCUUGUUGCUACACCCCGGAUAUGUGCAGAGCAACCUGCUGCCCAAUGCAAAGAUGCCACCUGAUACGGUUCAGCCCAAAGAGGCGGCCGAGAAGCUCUGGCGCAAUGUUGUCAAGGUCAAAGACAUUGAGCAGACGGGCACUUUCUGGCACAGGGAGGGCUUUGAACUGCCUUGGUGA